AUGUCAGAAAACCCUAGUAGCAGUAACAGUGAUUUUGAUUAUUUAAGUAAAAAUGAAGAAGAUAACUAUUUUCUAGAUGGAAUAAUAGAUGUCAAGAAAAUUAAGGAACAAACCAAUUUUACCCUAUCAGAAACGCAAAAUUUUAUUACUAAAUCUUUUUUAUCCAAACUAUUUGAUAGAAAAAACAUAAUCAAAUAUGGAAAAAUGAUAGGAGAAACGGCAGUACCAAUAGAGCAAACUAAAGGGGAUUUCCUAAUUCAAAUAAUAAAUAGGGAACAAAUUAGGAAAAGAUUAUCCAAGUUACAACCGGAAGAAAGAAAUAAAAUAGCUUACAUUCAUAUCAGCACGAUACAAAUCAUUCUAAAAUCUACUAUGAAAACAGGGAUAACUGCACCCAUAGAACUAGAAAUAAGAGAUGAUCGGCUCAUUAACAAAGAAGAAAGUAUUAUUGCAAAAGGAAAGGGAAAUCUAGGAUUAGGAAUAAUCAAAUUUGAUAUUAAUCUACAACAAGGAUUAAGUUUAACAGAUGGGAAUCUUGACUCUUCCAUUAUUAUAAAGUAUGAGCUAAAAAGAAAAAAUUUCAUGAAAGAAAACAGUAAACCCUUUUCAGUAACAUACCAGAUAAAUUAUGCACUAACUAAUAGUCAUCAUAGUCUAGCAUUUAAGGAUAAAGAAGCCAUCACCAUAGAAGAUUUAUUCAAACCACUAAUCCAACUAGAAUCGCCUCUAAAAAUAAUAAAAUCAAAUUAUGAUUAUCCAAGAAUAAGUGUAGAUGGAAGAAGCGCUUCCAUGAGACUAACCGAUAAGAAAAAGGAAAAAGAGAAAGAAGAAAAUCAAGAAAUAAAAAACAUAACUAUACUUCAUCAAAAUGAUAAUACUAGUGAAAUAAAAAAGUUACAAGAGCUAAUCGUAGAAAUAAGUGAAAAAUUGUAA